AUGUUUUUAAAAUAUGACAUUAAAUGUCCAACAAAUAUAACAUCAAAUGAUCAAAUUGGAUUUGGUGAUGCUAAAUGGAGCCAUAUAAAGGAGUUUUAUGAAACAGAUAACACCAGUCCCAAUUUUGUGUUUGCACCUUGCUUAAAACAAGAACAUUUAAAUCCAAAUACAAAGCAGAAGAUGAAGGUGAAGCUAGAUGCACAAGUGUUAAGCCACUCAGUUGCUGCAGGAAUGUAUGCUAAAAUUUCACAAGGGAACUCUCUUCAGAGGCCGUCACUACUGCUAAUGUUAUUGCAAAUAUGGACAAGCUGUUUGAUUGUGUCAACGCAUGCACACCAGACCUAA